AUGCGUCGCGCGUUGCCAUUUUGCUUGGUCACACACUUCGUCAACCAGGACCGUCCCUCGCUCAGUGCUCAGCUCUCAGCACAUCUCCGGGAAGUGGUCGACAUCUCAAAGAACUUGAAGAAGUCUUGUAGGAUGCUGUCUAAAAUCAGCAACUUCCUGAAGCCGCACCAUGCAGCCAAGGAGGAGCCUUCUCCGACUGGCGAAGUUCUUUUGAAGGUUCAGGAGCAACACCCCAACAUGUCUGUCUUUCACAAUCCUACGGAAUCCGGCGUCAUGCAACACCAGGGGGCGGAGCCCAGCUCUCCAUCAGUGCACAGCAAGAAGAGCAUGUUCAAGCGGCUGUCCAGACCAGCGCUGAAGGACGACCUAGAAAUUCAAAGGGCAGGAUCACCAUUUCAGUUACCGCCGAAGAAAGUAAGAAAUCCACUUGAUGAGGGGUCCAACGCAAAUGGUUCUCAUAUAUCUCUUGCAGAAAGUAGUCAAGCCGCACGUUUGCCAAAGCCAAUCUUCAAAGAGGAUUCUCAGCGAUCCCCAUCUCCCUUUUUGCCACCAGGCCUUUCAAGAAAAGGAAAGAACACUGACGACGAGACCCAUUUUAUUGGUUCUCAAGGUUCUCCAUCAGGAGGAAGUAAAUCAGGCGUAGCAAGACGCUCGUCUUUCGACAUGCUUCGCCCUUCUCCACCACGUCGAAGUCAGAACACAACGAGAUCGGUUCGCGACACCCACCGUCGCCCUUCGUUAGAUCUUCUCCGCGAGGACUCUGCCCAGUCACAAAGUUCCGUCGGCCUCAACGAUCUCCCCGCGAACCCUAAUCUCCUUUCCACCCCGGCGCCACCAAACAUGAAUAGCGGCUCAGUCCGCUCUAUCUUGCGCGACCGCAACACGCCCGGAACAGGACAAAGCGUUCGUUUCUUCCCCAAGGAGGCUUUCAAAAUCAUCACGCCCGAUCAGUCUCUUAGCACCGAACUCCAAAACAAACCUCAACCCCCUCUACCACCAGACGAGAACUCAUAUUACGAACGUAUCAGUCAAGCGGAUUCUUCUGGUUCUGGAAGCCCUUCCUCGUUGUCGCGGAUCUCGAGGCCAAGGCCUAAAUUGAAUGAGAUCUUUUCUCCUCUCUCCAACAAGGAGAACUCCGUACCUGCGGAGGGCUCCGAUAUGUCGCUAUCGCUCUCAAACCCCGCCGCCACCGCCGCCAGGAUUUCCGACUAUUCCAACCUUUUUGAUGUGUCUCAACAGCUGGAUAUAACUCCUUUCCCGCCUGGGCUCGGAUUUGACGUUAAUGCACCGCUAUUCGAACCGUCGUCUUUCGACACGUCUGCUAACGACAUUAGCUACGUCGUCAGAGACGAGAACUCGAUCGAGCGAGGAAAUCAGAUGACAUCCACGCCGGCCAAGGGCAAGGGCAAGGAGAGGGCCAUCGAGGAGCCUCUGGUCGAAGAAAGCGUCGAAGUUCCAGCGCCCUCUCCUGCCAUCAUCGACGAGACCAUUUUCCAUGCAAAGGAGAAGGGCGCCAAGCUUCCUGCAGCGCUGCACGAACGGAGCCAAUCCUUCAGCUUCGGACAAACCGUUUUUUAUUCGAUGGCGAACUCUACAGGUGAGAAGUCCGCUCAAGACAGCGAGACGGCGUACCCUUCGAGCGACCUCAAGCCCGACAGCACCGCCUCAUCUGCUGACCGGCCAACUCCUCCUUCCGCCAAAGGGCGAAGCAGAGCCCUCAGCGACACUGUCUUCCAGACGAUGCUUCGAUCCUCUUCGAAGUCGACGCGGCCAGAGGCUGACAUCAACGACGAGUCUAGCUCUGGUCUCGUCGUCUAUUCCGCUGGUGCUGCUGCAGAGCCUGAUCCGUUCAGUGCCAAUGCGAACACCUACUAUACCCCUCAGACGAUGAUACCCACCACGCCGCCGAAAGGCCUUCCAACGCACCACCGGAAGACCUCGAAAGAGGAGAGCCUCAUUAUCUCUUUGCAAACUCAACUGCAACUUCAAUCCGACUUGUGUGCUCAGUACGAGGCUGACCUAAAGGCUCGUGACGAGCUCGUUAAUAUGCUGAGCAAGAAGCUCGCGGAUGUCGAGAAGGACGAGGGCAAGCGUAAGAACGCUUUGCGGGCGUGGAAGAAGAAGGUGCAGGAGCUCGAGCGGGCGUGCCGGCAGCUCGAGGAGGCCGUCGACCACUCGCGACAGGAGAGCAUGGAGCGGAGCGUAAUGGACGAGGCGUCCAGCGAGGCAUUGCGGAUGCUGCACCGGCAGAUCGCCGCCCUCGAGCGAGAGAAGGGCGAUUGGCUUCGGAAGGAGGGCGCUCUACAGGCUGAGGUAACUCAGCUCGAGGGCCUGCUCAAGGAGAAGAGCGAGGACGUGGCGAACCUGAAGGAGACUCUUUGGAGCCGCGAUGAGUGCGAGCGCCAGCUCAACGAGGGCAUUCGCGAGGCGAAGGAGCAGAUCGACAUGAUGGGCAACAUCAGUAUUGGCAUCGACGAGGAGGAGCUGAGGAGACUGAUGAUGGAGAAGGACCAGAAAAACUCUGAGGAGACGCAGCGGUUCCGCCUUGCAGAGCUCGCGGUGCGACAGGAGCUCGACGAGCUCAAGGCGCGGUAUGAGGGCCUCCAGGUAGAGAAGGCGCGUUGGGAGGAGCAGGUGGAGCAUGUGAAUGGCCUAUUGAAGACGAAGGAAGAGGAGUAUGCGACGCUCAAGGCGGAGCUAGAGGCGCAGUGGGAGCAUACAGAGAAGGCAGGUGAGAAGAUGGAGAUUCUGGAGAGGGAGAAAGCGGACCUGGAGGCAGAAAGAGAUGCUUUGAAGGCAGAUGUGCAAGAGUAUGAGGUCAGGACGUCGAAUAUGGAGGUUGAGUGGAACGAGAGCGAGAACAAGAAGAACGAGCUGGAAGCUGAGCUCCAAGAGGUGUGGAAUAUGAAGGACGAGCUCGAGAAGGAACGUGGCGAGCUCGAAGAUGCCCUUCAGCACGAACAACAAGCCGUCCAACAACUCACCCAGGACGUCCAACAACACGAACACCGCAUAUCCGAGCUGGAGCAAGAACAACAGUUUGCUAACGAGAACACCGCUCGGCUGGAGGAGAACCUCCACAACCGCGACGAAGAGAUUGUCCAGCUCAAUCAGACUCUAUCGCAGAAGACCGCAGAGCUCGAGGAACUUCAAGACCAGAUGAGCACGCUCAGGCGAGAACAUGCCCGCCUCAUGAACGAGCAGGCUCGAGCACUGCAAGAUGCUGCUGGCCACCAAGACCAGACAACGGCUCGCAUGAGGACCUCAUCCGCGCCAAGGCCGAGGUGGAUGUUGAGCUGA